AUGAAUAACAGCAACGGGGAACCGGACGCUGGAAUGGCAUCACACAAAGAAGACGCCGGAAAUGCAGGCGUGGCUGGUGCAGAUUUCGAAACGACAGACCAGAGCAUGACUAGAUCGACCAAAAAAAGAGUCUCCAAGGCUUGUGACAGGUGCAGGAAGCGUAAAAUCAAGUGCAACGACCUCGAUCCAGUUUCUGGGAAGUGUGCCAACUGUAUCAAGUUCAAAGCCGCUUGCACGUUCCACUACCACGAGGAAAUGAUGCGCAGGAACAACAUGAAGUCGCAUAGCAGACGGGACAAGUUCAACACCACUGCUGAGCUGAACUUGAAAAAUACAAUCAACAACGCAGUACAUGGCGCCGCCUCCAGGAGAGGCGGCAUUGUUACCGACUUGGACACCCCAACUCCCACGGUCUUGAGCAACGCAAGUAGUAGCGAUGGCUUGGGCCCUUCUGCAGCUGUCUCUUCUGGCCAGAUGGGUAUGGGCAACAUGGGUGACGCAGUCUCCAACAGCAUGAUGUCGCUGGCAAACUCGCAGGUACCGUACAUCCAGUACCACAACCCAGUUUCGUCAAAUAUGGUAUAUCCAUCACAUGCACACUACAACGGCAUCCCCGGACAAUCGCACAUGGUGGCACAACCACCCCAGCCUGUAUUGGCCAUGUCUCCGGUGCCCCCACAGCAACAUAUGCACAUGCAUCAGGCUCAUGCCCAUGCCCAGGCACAAGCUCAAGCUCAAGCUCAGGCUCAAGCUCAGGCUCAAGCUCAGGCACAGGCUCAGGCACAGGCACAAGCACAAGCCCAAGCUCAAGCUCAAGCUCAAGCUCAAGCCCAGACCCAGACUCAAACCCAAGGUCAACACCAACAUCAGCAUGAUCUCUCUGGGUCCGUGGAAACCCCUAACUCCUCGCAUCAUUACCAGCACUCUCAAAAUAAACAGCAUCAGCAUCAGCAUCAGCACCACCAUCAGCAACAGCAACAGCAACAGCAACAACUCGUCGGCUCAGACAUUGAAGACUUCGAUCCCCCGCAUCAACUGGCAGAGCUAGCCCAGAAAGUCGAAAUUGUUGGAAGGAAAAUGACAGUGUUAUUGGACUGGUGCGGUAAAAUGGACUGGAUCGGAAGGCAAUGUGAAGAACUACUCAAUAAAACGGAAAGAGAGCGAGAACUCAAAGAGAGCGAAGAAAAUAAAUCUAAGCUUUACGCAGCUACAAAAAGAUACAUGUCCUGUCAGUUCACUACAAAUACUCUACCAGAGCUAAAGGCAAAAGUGAACCCUGAAAUGACCAAGGAAGAAUUCACAGAACCUUUACGCCCAAUCAAGGCAUUGGUUUCAAAAUGGUAUUUCAUCCAGAUGAAAAGACUAUCCCAAAACUUAUUAGAUGAAAACCAGCUGCAUCCGCUUCCUAGUCCGAACAAGUGUCGAAGAAUUAUGGAAAUUUACUAUAACAUGCUCUCCUCAGAAGAUUUGAAUGUUAUCGAGCCCAAAGCUUGCAGGAAAAUAUUCGAGAAAUACUUCUCUAGUGGGCCAAAAGAAAUCUCCUAUUCGGAACAUCUGAUCAUAAACACCUUGAUGUGUCUUGGUUCAUUAUACUCUAGAUACUCCGUGUUGCAAUCGAGUCACUAUAGAAAGGAUAAGAUAGAUUUUACCCCCGAAAAGCUUUUCCAAAUAGAAAGUGAUUGCUAUCAAAAUUCUCUUUACUACUAUCACAAGAUUUCAUUGGUAUCAGAAGGUCUUCAUUCCAUUCAGGGUCUUUUGCUCUUCUACACAUAUAUUAAAGCCAGCGUCUCGGCAGAAGCGGCUUUAAAUGUAUUUGUUGUCGCAAUAAAAUUUGCCCGUGAUCUCAAACUCUCAUGCCUUGAUAACUUCAACCAUUUGCCAAGGGAAGAAUUCUUGCAAAUUAGAUCCAUCUGGCUCUAUUGUUAUCUAAAUGACUCCGCCCUUUCAUUGGCAUUGAGUAACCCACCAAUAAUCCACGAAUCAGAUAUGUCCGUCUCUUUGGGCAGGAAUUACUUCAAAACUUUGAGGACAAGUUGUCCAAUCAGUAACUCACCAGAUGGUGAUGUGAUACAAGCUGUCAAAAGUGAAGGUUUAUUGUUGGAGACCGUGAAGAAAAAUCCAUGGUACUUCUCCGUUAUCUUGAACUACUACAGAGCUACUUUGUGCAAAAUUUCAAAUAAAAUCACAAGACAUCUUUUCUCUGUAGAUGCAACCAGUACAAUGACUUUUAAUGAAAUAGUUGCAAAAAUUAUCGAAAUCAAGGAUGAUUUGGUCGAAUUUUCAGAUAAUAUGCCACUUUACUUAGUGCAAGAUAACCAAAGAACCUUUUUAGCAAGAAUAUAUCACGCUUUAACUGGAACCCAAACUAUUGUCAACUUCAAAUUAAUGAGCGCAUUAAUCACAGAAAUUCAUAUUAAACGAGAAGCGUUGUUCGUCAUUUUGUCAAACUUUGCCCAAGCCUUCCUAAACGAUAAUAAAGACCUCAUCGAAGACAAUUCAAGGGAUGAUUGUCAUGAAUUGUGGAGAUUUUUCGAAAUGAACAAAGUUAAAUCCUAUAAGGCAACACUCAAUGCUCUAAAGGCCAUAGAUUUCAAAGACCACACCAUACUUCAUCAUAAGCAACACUUCUUAUAUGACUUCUUCACUGUGAUUAUAUCAACGGCAUUCUAUGUUAUUGAUAAUAUUGACACUUCAGCUAGUUUUGAAUUACUCUGUCUGCUCAAGGAUUUGUACUACCGAGUUACUAGUGGUGCCUCUGCGGAAGAAAUUCAUGUACACCAAGAUGUAAAAUGGUUACUUUCAAUAUUUCUAUUGUCCUUCUUGCUAGAAACAGCAAGUAUUCAUUAUAAGAAUAAGAAUACCUUGUCUUUUAGUUAUCCAAUGGAUGAUGAUCGGUAUAGGAUGGUCAUGAAAGAAAUAACUACCGCAUUUAUCCGUGAGACUGAACAAGUCAUGACUGUUUAUAAUAAGGGUAGAUCUCCUACCGAAAAGGAAUCUGACACUGUAACUAAAACGGACAAGGUUCCUACGUGGAUAUUGUUGAAACUAUUUGACGUUGUAGAUUUGCCGGAAGAAGACUCGCUUCAAAACUGGUGGGACUCCAAAACUAAAUCCGAACAUGAAUCUGCAGACAUUGAUGACAAUUCUACCUCAGCUGCUGCCACUACGACUGUAUCAACAACUGCAGAAGAUAAAGAUUCUAAUAGUCCCGAUACCAGUAUGAAACUUUCGGAAACUAAAAACAAACAAAACACUGCAAGAGAGUAUGAGUUGGGCUUUAAUUUUAAUGAACGUUGGCUUCCUGCUGACAUGAAGUUCUUCGGUCAAGACGCACUUUCAAACACGAAUUCGAAAAAUAAUUUCGAUUUUAACUUCAUGCAAUCUUCGACAUUAUUCGAGGACAUAAACUCUUUGAAUAGAUGA